AGAGGAAGAAGAAGAAGAUAAAAGAGAAACCUUCCAACUAUAAAUAAAUUUAUUCUCAGUUCAACACUCAAAAGGCGAUUCCGCCGGCCGAUUCUUCUUCAUUAGUUCGCACGCUACUUUCUUUUCUUCCGAUCCUCCUCGCCUUCAAGGUCUAUUCAUGCAGCUCUAUCAUCAUCCUUACUCAAUGGACAGUCAGAAAGUGAGGUUAGCACUGGAAGAGAAAGGGAUUGAUUACACAUCUUAUCAUGUUAAUCCUUUAACUGGGAAGAACAUGGAUGUCUUGUUCUUUCGCAUGAAUCAAUCUGCAAAACUUCCUGUCUUCCAAAAUGGUUCCCAUAUCAUUUUCCAAGCCAUUGAUAUUAUCCAGUACAUAGAGAAGCUCUCUGUGUCUCUGAACGGGGAGGACAAUCCCAUUAACACAAAGGUCACAGAAUGGGUGGAGAGAAUUGAUCUAUGGAGUCCCAAAAUAUUCACUCUGGCUCAUGUCCCAGAAAAGUAUCGACUAUUUGUUUCCAAAUUUGUUCGCCGUGUAGUGAUUGCUCGGAUGGUCCAAGCUCCAGAUCUAGCUAGUGUUUACCACUUAAAACUUCGAGAAGCCUAUGAUACAGAUGAGAAGUUGAAGAACCCUGAAAAUCUGAAACAAAGUGAGGAAAAACUCUGUCAUCUUCUUGAUGAUGCAGAAAUACAGUUGGGCAUUACAAAGUAUCUUGCUGGAGAAGAUUAUACCAUGGCUGACUCCAUGUUUAUUCCUGUUUUGGCACGAAUAGUUCUACUGGAUCUUAAAGAGGAAUACAUCACUUGCAGGCCCAAUGUAUCAGCUUAUUAUAACAUGGUUAAGCGGAGGCCAAGCUUCAAAAAGGUAAUUGGGAAGUACUUCCAAGGUUGGAGGAAGUACAAAACACUUCUCAGAACAUGGUGCUUUCUUCACAUAAGAGACUUGUUCAGAAGGUACUAGGGAACCAACACUAUUAAAGGUCAAAUGGAUCAGAUAAAUUGUGCAUGCUACAAUAAUAUGCAUAAUGUGGAAUAAAUGGAAGCGAUUUUAGGGCUUCAAUAAUGGUGCAAGGUUAUAUUUUCUUACAGAAUCUUCUAAAAGAACUUAUAUAGAGUUUUCAUAAGGAAAAUGAUAGAUUGUAUAGAGUUUUGUUAGAUUGUAUAUAUAUAUAUUUUUCUCUACUUUGUUUUUUAGACUUAUAACCAAUAUCACUGUGCAGUGAUGAGUUCUCCUUAAAGCUCCAUUUCCAUAAGUUUUUUAUAUUAAGCUUCUUUGGCUAUUUUGUAAUAUUAUCUCUCUGUGUACAUACUUGAAGUGUGAAAGGAUUAUAUAAUUUCGCACUA